AAACAGAGUGACACCACAAACUCACCGGCUUCGCAACGGUGUGUUGAGUGGCAAUGUAUCCUUUGAAUUCUCCAAUAUGAUAUCCACUUCCCUCCUCCUCCAAUAAUACGUUCCUUACCAACUCCUCCAGCAACUUCCAAGUUCCAUCCACUCCCGAUGACCAGCACAUCCCAAGAGCGCGAUUGCAGCCUAUAACACCCCGUCCCCAACCGAUCUUUUGAAUACGGCCAUUGGAUCAUGGCAGACUUCUUUGCAGGCGGUAUAGGUGGCGGCGAGGGAAUCGGUGGAUUCCCUUUGGAGCAAUGGUUCUUCGAGACGCCGGUAUGCACACGCUGGUGGACAACUGCAACUGUUAUUACGAGCGUUCUCGUGCAAUGUCACGUCCUCACACCUUUCCAACUAUUCUACAGCUACCGAGCCGUAUUUCAUAAGAGCCAGUACUGGCGUUUGAUAUCCACCUUCCUCUACGUUGGCCCCAUCAACCUCGACCUCCUCUUCCACAUCUUCUUCUUGCAGCGCUAUUGCCGGUUCCUAGAAGAAUCCUCCGGUCGAUCUGCAGCGCACUUCGCGUGGCUGAUGGCGUACGCAUCCAUCACCCUUCUAUGCAUCGCACCCUUCUUCUCCAUUGCGUUCCUCGGAUCGGCGCUGUCCAGCACACUGGUUUAUAUCUGGAGUCGGCGGAACCCGGAUUCUUUGUUGAGCUUCCUUGGCCUGAUCGUGUUCCGAGCGCCCUUUCUGCCAUGGGUGUUGAUCGCGUUCGGCGUCAUUUUCUCGAACACGGUGCCCAAAGACGAGGUCUGCGGUAUUGCCGUAGGACACGUUUGGUAUUAUUUCAACGACAUCUACCCGCGACUGCAUAAUGACCAUAGACCACUCGAUCCUCCGCAGUGGUGGGUUCGAUUGUUCGAGGGCGAUCCGCAAGAGCAUGGGGAGGAACCGACUCUAGAUGACCUCGUUCCGGAGGCCAAUGUAGAUGCUGCGACAGCGAAUCAGGGCGACGGUAAUCUUAGACGGCGCAAUCCUGGUGAAGAAGAAGUUCCCACCGAUGCAUAGAAACGCAUCCAUAGACGAAAUGAGACCUUUUCUUGUAUACAAGCCUUGCGACUAGUAUCCUGCGAUGUACAGAUCGAGUGAUGUAUGUGCAUCUAAUUCUGGAACCUCACAACCACUCAAUCGUUGGCAUAACUGCCUGCACUCGAUGGUGAGAUAUUGGUGACAGAUGGACCGCCAGGUCUGGUAUUCUCGUUGUUUGGUUUCCCGAAAAUUGCC